AUGGCAAGCUUGACUUCCAUCGACAUAUCGUAUAAUGAGUUGGAGGGUCCUUUGCCAAACAUUCCAGCCUUUCGCAAUGCUACAAUUGAAGUUGUGAGAGGGAAUAAAGGCUUGUGUGGAUUUAUUGCCGGAUGCCUACUUACUUUGUUUCUUGUUGUGAGAGCUUCAAGUACUUUAUGCCGAAGAGUAAGGAAAACAAAGGCUAGUCCGGUUGAUGGAGGCAAUGAAAACCCGUGGGCAGUAUGGAGCUUUGAUGGAAGAAUGGUUUAUGAGAACAUUAUUGAAGCCACGGAGGAGUUUGAUGCCAAAUAUUGCAUUGGUGUCGGAGGACAAGGGUGUGUUUACAAGGCCCAAUUACAAACAGGUGAAACUGUUGCUUUCUUGGAAUCUGGUAGCUUGAAGGAUGUAUUGAGCAACAAAGAGAGGAUAACAAGAUUUGACUGGAAUAAGAGAGUGAAAGUUGUUAAAGGUGUGGCUCAUGCUUUGUCCUACAUGCACCAUGAAUGCUCACCUCUUAUAAUUCAUCGAGACAUAUCGAGCAAGAACAUUUUACUGGAUGAAGAAUACGAAGCUCACGUUUCUGAUUUUGGCAUGGCUAAAGUUCUAAAUCCUUAUGCCUUUAAUUGGACUUCCUUUGGAGGCACCUUUGGAUAUGCAGCUCCAGAACUCGCAUACACAAUGAAACCGAACGAGAAAUGCGAUGUCUAUAGCUUCAAAGUGGUGACAUUGGAAGUAAUUAUGGGAAGACACCCAGGCGAUCUCAUAUCAGCUCUUGCGUCCUCAUCAUCAUCAUCGUCAAGCAAUUCAAUGGCUUCUUGUCCACUGAAAGAUAUUUUAGAUCAAAGAAUUCCAAACCCGGAAGGGAGCUCGAGGGAGAGAAACGAGAAAAACGAAAAAAAGAGAGGAAGGAAGGAGCCUCGGCGGCUCCGCCCGCGGCCGCGGGAAGCCUUCGCUGCGUCGGCCGCCGCGCGCGGAGCCGCUCGUCCGCGAGCACAGCGCCACCACCGCCGCGCCCGACUCGCUGCGGCCAGCGCGUCCGUGACCCCGCUGCAGCUGCGACGACCCGGCGCUCGCGCCACCUCCACCGAGGCACCCGACGCCCUCUCCGCCCGAGCGUCGCCCGUCGACCUCGCGCCACCUCCGUCCGGUGCUCGCCGCUCCGCUACUGCCGCUGCAGCACCUCUCGGCGACUCUGCGCAAGUAGCUCACCUCCGGCGUCCCCGCCUCUACCCACUUGACGCCGCGCUAGCGCCCGACGCAGCUAGCGGCAGAUCUGAACCGGUCGCCGCGCGCUGCCGCCCCUUCAACCGUCCGAAGCUCCACCCCGCUGUCGGCUGUUUCCGCGCCCUCCGCCGGUCUCGGCCGCUCUGCAGCCUAGCACCGGUCCGCCCCGUCGCGCGGAGAUCCGCCAAGGCCCAGAUCGAUCACGCUCGAUCAGAUCUGGGAGUCUUUCCCCUCCGCCGCAUCAUCUGCCGCCGCGCCACCACCGCUGCGCCUCGACUCGCCUGCAGCCCGAGCUUCCGCGACCCUCUGCAAGAGCCUCCUCCUGCCGCCCUCUGGCCGCCCCUACGACGCCGUCCGAGCCGCUCCUCUGCCCGAAGCCGCGACGCCGCCGCUACCCACCCCGCGCGCCGCUCCUUCGAUCCGUCGCGGCACCAGCAUCGCGCCGUUCUGCCCGUGCCGCCGCCACCCGCUGCGCCGUCGCCGUCGCCGCCAUCGCUGCCCGGUGUCGGUGCCGCCAAAAGCCUUGGAGAAGGAGGCUCAAAUCGGGUCGAGAACCGGGUCAAGCAACCCUCCAAACCGGGUAGGGAUUAUCGGGUCACCACGCUGCAGAGAGGAAGGAAGGAGCCUCAGCGGCUCCGCCCCGCGGCCGCGGGAAGCCUUCGCUGCGUCGGCCGCCGCGCGCGGAGCCGCUCGUCCGCGAGCACGGCGCCACCACCGCCGCGCCCGACUCGCCGCAGCCCGCGCGUCCGUGACCCCCGCUGCAGCUGCGACGACCCGACGCUCGCGCCACCUCCACCAGGCACCCGACGCCCUCUCCGCCCGGCGUCGCCCGUCGACCUCGCGCCACCUCCGUCCGGUGCUCGCCGCUCCGCUACACCGCCGCUGCAGCACCUCUCGGCGACUCCUGCGGUAGCUCACCUCCGGCGUCCACCCCUCGCCCCACUUGACGCCGCGCUAGCGCCCGGCGCUAGCGGAUCGAACCGAUCGCCGCGCCGCUGCCGCCUUCAACCGUCGAAGCUCCGCCCCCGCUGCAUUGUUUCCGCGCCCUCCGCCGGUCUCGGCCGCUCUGCGGCUAGCACCGAUCCGCCCGUCGCGCGGAGAUCCGCCAAGGCCCGGAUCGAUCACGCUCGAUCGAUGCGGGAGUCUUUCCCCUCCGCCGCAUCAUGCGCCGCGCCACCACCGCUGCGCCUCGGCUCGCUUUGCAGCCCGAGCUUCCGCGACCCUGCGCAAGAGCCUCCUCCUGCCGCCCUCGCCGCCCCUACGACGCCGUCAGAGCCGCUCCUGCCCCGAAGCCGCGACGCCGCCGCUGCCACGCCGCGCGCCGCUCCUUCGAUCCGUCGCGGCACCAGCACCGCGCCGUUGCUGCCCGUGCCGCCGCCACCCGCUGCGCCGUCGCCGUCGCCGCCAUCGCUGCCCGGUGUCGGUGCCGCCAAGAAGCCUUGGAGAAGGAGGCUCAAAUCGGGUCGAACCGGGUCAAGCAACCCUCCAAACCGGGUCUCCUUUGAUUUUCGAAUUGCUCAAACCCAGUGCUAUCUUGUUCAGUUAUUACGCUUCGAUUCAAGGCUUUAUGUCUUCAACCUCGAGGCUUUGUCUUCUGAUGAUUUGAGUUACUCAUGGAAGAAUGAGCAACUAAUCGAUAUCAAGAUGGUUGGAGUUAAGGCCAAGAUUGAUCAAGUGAGCUCGGAGAUUGAGCGGAAUGGACAACAAUUCCCGGAGGAAUUUCAACACCGCGCUGUAGAUGUAAGCGAUGAAUUGUAUUGA